UCCAUUGAAUAUCCCUAUUAAAACUCAUAUCAACUCAAAUAUUGUAAAAUCUAUUAAACAUACGAAAAUCUAUUUCACAGAUGUGCAUGGAAGACGACGAUAACAGCAAUUCAAGCAAUCAACUCAACGAUGAUGGCGAUGAGAACCAAAUUUUGCAGCAACUUCUACGUACCAAUAUUUCCAGAAACACAAAAGAAUUGUUUUGAAUCUUGUAUAGGUACACUUGGCUACCGAACUUCAAGGAGUUUGUUAAUCGUCUUGGUACUGAAAUCCAGAGUUCGUCCGAAUUCUCUGUUCUUUUUCUUUCUACCCCUGAAGAACAAUUACUAUAUACGAUCAGUUUAGGGUUUUAUCUAUGAGUAAUGGUUUGGUUCUGUGUUGCUGGCGUUCGCCAACACCAUUUGAUUACUACAUCUGUGAUCCACUCACUCGACAAUGGAUCACUUUACCUAGACGUGGACCCAAGUAUCACGAGUUCUUCAAGGAAGGGCUUAUUACUAGGGUUAAUGAAGAUCAUAUGCUUACUAGUUAUAUAGUUGUGAGGUUAAAACAUUUUAAAUCGAAUUAUCUCAAUUUAGAGAUUUUUUCAUCCCAAACGGGCAAAUGGAUCGGCAACAAGCUACCUUGCCCGAUUUCUAUCAAAUUGUGGGAACGGGUCGAAGGCUCAAUCUAUUGUUACGGGGCUCUCCAUUGGCAAGUUAUUAAUGAUAAGGGGAUUCAUGUCAUGCUUGCGUUUGAUCCUUACAAAGAUCCAAAAUGUGUUCGCCUAAUUUCAUUCCCAGAUGACAGAGAUUUCCAGAGUGAGGAAAACGACAUUGGAACUUUACAGUUAUGUGGGGAGAGCCAAGGGACCCUUCGUUAUUUCGAGGUGGCUCAUGGUCGCAAGCAGUUCUAUUUGUUCAGCAUGUGGUCUAUGAAGGAUUAUGAGAAAGGAGAAUGGUGUUGUGAGUUUAGAGUGAGACGUAGCGAUCUUCAUUCUAACGAUCUGGAAUUGAGUAAUUGGCUGUCUCGGUACGGAUGGUUUACUCCUUUAUCGUUUCAUCCGUUAAAUCCAAAUGUUGUGUAUAUGUAUUGCAUGGAGCCUGGGCGUAUUGUUUCGUAUAAUAUUCUGAAUAGAAGGCUGGAUGUUGCUUCUAAACCGAUUGGUCAAUUCAUUUCAUCGUAUUUUGCAAUCCCGUUUGUAUUACCAAGAUGGCCGGUGCUUGUUCCAAUUGCCAGCGUUAAAAGUAAAAAAGAGAAGGUAGAGUGCAGAAAUUAGCUAUGUAUUUUACUAUUUUUACAAAUAUAGGCAAUGUACUUCGUAAUUUUAUCAUGCUUACAUUUUCUGCACAAAGUGUACCAAAAUUUAAGUGUCUUGUUUGGACAAUUGAUUAUUGAUCAGUCAUUACAUUUUUCAAAUAA